GGCGGGAGGAGUCUUCCAAGAAAAGAAUAAGUCAUGGCUUAAAUUUAAAUAUCGGUGCAAAAGACUUACAGAUCGGGGGUUUCAUCCUGUUUGCAAACCGCUCCUGUCUCCGUAGGGCUUCCCACGGACAUGCCGGUGGGAUCACCAGCUUGUGCCGUGCCGUUUUCGUCGGCAAUGCCGGCGCACCGGUGACUUCCCGGGUCUGCCCAAGGGAAGCCUAUUUCCUGUGCCUCCCUUCUUGGGCUGUCUGGAUGAUCAGAAAGUGCUCAUGAGUUGCCCAGCUGUGGCUCUGGGUCUUAUGCCAGGGGCAGAAGUGCCGGCCGCCGGACCGUGAUGACCUUUGGGGUUUCUCCUUUGGCUGUGUGCUCGGUCCACCAGCAGCCUGGGGAGAUUGCCUACUUUUGGAGCCCUGGAGUGACCCCCUUCCUCUUUAUGUCCUUCACAGGUUCUUCUGGCUCGCUGGGUCACUGCCGCCAAAGGAAAUGAAGCCCCACGUCAGUUACCAGCAGCUGAAGACCCUGCAGAGCCCCGAAGACCCUGCACCCACUGGGCCGGCCAGCCUGGCCUGGCCUAAGAAUUCCCGCUGCCUUUUGGUGACGGCCAUCCUGUCCACCAUGCUGUUGGCAGCCCUGGGGGUCCGCCUGCUCUUCCUUCCCUUUCCCGGUCCAGCCUCUGCAGGGGAGAAGGCGCCUGUGAGCUUACGGGAGAACGUGUGCAGUGACCCAUGCAGGAGACUGAGUGGGAUGACAAGAGCAGGCAAACUCCACGACUUUUUGGGAGAGUGCUCACAAAAAUCUGGCCCAUUCUCCCCUGUUCCCCAGUUCGCCCUCCAAACGCACCUUUUUUUCCCAUCCCCUCUUUUCAGAAGCACGUUGGUGGAGAGCAUUCCAGAAGGGCUGAGCUUUGAGGAGAACAGCACUUUCCUCCCAUCCACUUUCGCCGCCUGGGCAACGCUGCUGGGGGAGGCUAAAAACAGCGUGGACAUCGCCUCUUUCUACUGGACCUUGAGCAACGAGGACACCCACACCCAGGAGCCUUCAGCCGGCCCGGGGGAAGAAAUCCUGGCGGAGCUGCUGAAGGUGACCAGUCGUGGGAUUGCGCUGCGAAUUGCGGUCAAUCCCCCUUCCUCGCGGAUGAGCAGCAGUGACCUCCAGGAUCUUGAGGAGAGCGGGGCACAGAUCCGUAAAGUCAACCUGCCCCGGCUGACCGGAGGCAUCCUGCACACGAAGUUCUGGAUUGUGGACCAGACGCAUCUUUACCUGGGCAGUGCCAACAUGGACUGGCGGGCCCUCACACAGGUGAAGGAGCUCGGGGUGGUUGUGUACAAUUGCAGCUGCCUCGCCCACGACCUGGCCAAGAUGUUUGAGAUCUACUGGACUCUGGGGCUGCCCAACGCCACCAUCCCAUCGCCCUGGCCGGCCGAGUAUUCCACCACCUAUAACAAGGAGACGCCCCUGGAGGUCACCUUGAACAGCACGGAGGCCGGGGUGUACUUUUCGAGCGCUCCCCCUGCGCUGUGUGCCAGCGGCCGGACCGAGGACCUCCAGGCCCUGCUGAGCGUCAUUGAGGGGGCCCAAGACUUUGUCUACAUCGCCGUGAUGAGCUACCUACCCACCAUGGAGUUCUCGCACCCCAAGAGGUUCUGGCCGGUGAUUGAUGACCACCUGCGCAAAGUGGCCUACGAGAGGAGAGUGCGGGUCCGCCUGCUCAUCGGCUGCUGGAAACACUCCAAGGCUGAGAUGUUUCCCUUCUUGAAAUCCCUGGUGGCCGUGAGGGAUGACCAGACCCACAUCAGCGUGGAAGUGAGGCUGUUUGUCGUCCCAGUGAAUGAGACCCAGGCCAGGAUCCCGUAUGCCAGAGUCAACCACAGCAAAUUCAUGGUAACGGACAAGGUGGCAUAUAUCGGAACAUCCAACUGGUCUGGGGACUACUUUGUCCACACAGCCGGGUCCGCCCUGGUCGUGAAUCAGAGCCACGUGGAGGCUGGGGACGAGCCCACCCUUCGGGACCAGCUCCAGGAUGUCUUUGAGAGGGACUGGAACUCCAAUUACAGCCGGGAACUGGAUUCCCUGGAACAGUGGCAGGACCUCUGCAGGCCUCAGUAAGCCCUCUCCACCACCACCACCACCACCACCGGCAACCGCUCUCCUGCACGGAUCCUUAUUUGGGGGACCAGCCAGCACCCCCUUUCCCAGGGCCACAGUUCAGGAGAUGGUCUCCCUGGGCCACUUUUGCAAGAUCCUGGACCUUCCGUGGAGGAACCCGGGCUUCCUGUGUUCUCAAGUGCCAACAUUUUGAACCAGGAGAAGAAAGCUUUUCCCUGGAUGAGAACAGAAACACGCACGGAGGGUAUUUUUCCUGCGGAAUAAGGAGCGGGGGUGUGCGCGUGUGAACAACUCCAGGUGGUCCUUGUUCAUCUCUUUGGCCAAAAAAGGGUCCCCGGAUGAGUCAGGAGGUGCUGGUGGCUCUUGUGUCCGAAUGGGAUGAAAUACUGUUUAGAGGGAAGGAGGGAGGCUAAGAUUUUUUGUUAGUGGGAGGGUAGUGGAGUAGUUUUUAGGAAAGGGACGUGAGGCAGAACCAAGGAACAGUUUCCGGCCCCAAAUGAAUGCCGAAGGGGAGGGUCCUGUGGCUGUUUUACUGUUGUUCUCAUCCUUAGACGAGGGAAAAGCCAGUCCUCGAGGUAUUAUGCUUUCUAGGUACUGCAGUGCCCAUUAUCCUUCACCACAGGCUGUGCUGCCUGGGACCCACUGGGAGUGGGAGUUCAGCAUCCCCUGGAAGGUGUCCCCCCCCCCCACCAUGCUGCUUUUCUGGGUGGGUGGGCAGUUUUUUUUUAAAAGGCCAUCACAGCUGACAUCCGUCUCCGAAGUGGAUCUGAAAUCGACCAAAGGCCUUUUCUGAGGAUAUCACAGUGCCUUCCAGAGUCGCUUGCAGGAACACGCUGCCCGGCAAAUCCAGGUGUCGUUCUCCCCCCACCCCACCCCUGGGGAGGGUUGCAGCUGAGCUUGGAGGACCCGGAGAAGCAGGGAAGGAAAUCUUGGCCUCUGAGGACGUGCCAAAGCCGGCUCCGUUACACAAAUGUCAGUGUGGGUUUCUUGUACAGAUGGGCGGGGAGAAGCAAUUAAAGGACAGUUUUCCAUUGAA